AUGACAGUAAGUAAUUAAAGGCAGGGUUAUGGUACAAGACUAAUUAACAUGCAUCUUGUUUGUCUCUGGUUAGGCAGAAGGCCUGCAGUGUCCCCCAGCAUCGGAUGAAGGAGUUCCAGGAGUCCCUGGCCAACAAGGGCCCAGAGGCACUCCAGGAGUUCAGCCAGCAGGGCGGCGUUGCAACCACAAUCACUACCAUCACCAUGGUUUACCAGCAGGGGGCCAACUGUAUCUACACAGACAGCCAAGAGGUGGCUGGGUCACUGCUGGAACUGGCCUGUCCGGUAAGAGGCUGUGAGAGAGGGAAGGAAAGAGAAGGUACAGUUAGUGAAGGACGAAAAUGGAGUUGGUGACAUUAUCCAUAUUAUAACCACAUUGUGCAAAACCUUCAGCAACAGCAGGUACAGGUGUCCCAGCAGAAGGUGAUGACAUCACAGCAGCAGCUCUUGCCCCAUAUGAACAUAGCCAAGCACCAAGGCCAAGACAUAAUACAGGUCAGGACUUUUUCCUCGCUCUCCUUUCUCUCCUCUCUUUCUCACUCAUCAUUCUGUCUUUCUCUCUGCCACGCUCCUAAAAAUGAGUGGCAAUUACAGUGCAUUCGGAAAGUAUUCAGACCCCUUGACUUUUUCCACAUUUUGUUACGUUACAGCCUUAUUCUAAAAUUGAUUAAAUCGUUUUUUUCCUCAAUCUACACACAAUACCCCAUAAUGACAAAGCAAAAACAGGUUUUUAGAAAUGUUUUGCAAAUUUGUAAAAAAUAAAUAAAUAAAUCACAUUUACAUAAGUAUUCAGACCCUUUACUCAGUACUUUGUUGAAGCACCUUGGGCAGCAAUUACAGCCUCAAGUCUUCUUGGGUAUGACACUACAAGCUUGGCACCUGUAUUUGGGGAGUUUCUCCCAUUCUUCUCUGCAGAUCCUCUCAAGCUCUGUCAGGUUGAAUGGUGAGUGUCGCUGCACAGCUAUUUUCAGGUCUCUCCAGAGAUGUUAGAUCAGGUUCAAGUCCAGGCUCUGGGCCACUCAAGGACAUUCAGAGACUUGUCCCGAAGCCACUCCUGCGUUGUCUUGGCUGUGUGCUUAGGGUCGUUCUCCUGUUUGGAAGGUGAACCUUCGCCCCAGUCCUGAGCGCUCUGGAGCAGGUUUCCAUCAAGGAUCUCUCUGUACUUUGCUCCAUUCAUUAUUCCCUCGAUCCUGACUAGUCUCCCAGUCCCUGCCGCUGAAAAACAUCCCCACAGCAUGAUGCUGCCACCACCAUGCUUCCCCCGUAGGGAUGCUGCCAGGUUUCCUCCAGACGUGACGCUUGGCAUUCAGGCCAAAGAGUUCAAUCUUGGUUUCCUCAGACCAGAGAAUCUUGUUUCUCAUGGUAUGAGAAUCUUUAGCUACCUUUUGGUAAACUCCAAGCGGGCUGUCAUGUGCCUUUUUACUGAGGAGUGGCUUCCGUCUGGCCACUCUACCAUAAAGGCCUGAUUGGUAGAGUGCUGCAGUUUGGCCGGGUCGGCCAGCUCUAGGAAGAGUCUUGGUGGUUCCAAACUUCUUCUAUUUAAGAAUGAUUGAGGCCACUGUGUUCUUGGGGACCUUCAAUGCUGCAGAAAUAUUUUGGUACCCUUCCCCAGAGCUGUGCCUUGACACAAUCCUGUCUCGGAGCUCUAUGGACAAUUCCUUCGACCUCAUGGUUUGUUUUUGCUCUGACAUGCACUGUCAACUGUGGGACCUUAAAUAGACAGGUGUGUGCCUUUCCAAAUAAUGUCCAAUCAAUUUAAUUUACCACAGGUGGACUCCAAUCAAGUUGUAGAAACAUCAAGGAUCAUCAAUGGAAAUAGGAUGCACCUGAGCUCAAUUUCGAGUCUCAUAUCAAACUGUCUGAAUACUUAUGUAAAGGUAUUUUUGUUUUUUUAUUUUUAAUACAUUUGCAAACAUUUCUAAAAACCUGUUUUCGCUUUGUCAUUAUGGGGUAUUGUGUGUAGAUUUAUGAGGGGGAAAAAAACUAAUUCAUUCCAGUUUAGAAUAAGGCUGUAAUGUAACAAAAGUCAAGGGGUCUGAAUACUUUCCGAAAGCACUGUAUUGCUGGACUAUCCUGACUAACUAAAAUGUAUAUGGAAAAGAUACUAACAGCAGACACCCCUCUUUCGCCCUCUCCUGUAGGUGCAGGUCAGGGGGCAACAGCAGGGCCAGGUGGUUGGGGGCCAGGUGCUGCAGCUGCCCUCCUCCCAUCAACAGCUACAGGGGGUCACCACAGCUCAUCUAUUACAGUCUGGGGACCUCACAGAGGAACAGCACCAACAGGUGCACACACAACACGUGCACACACACACACACACACAGACACACCAAUUUGUGUACACAUAUACCUAACGAGUAGUGUAUUUAAACAUCUCUCUCCCCCUCCUCCCUCCGAUGCAGACCCAGUUGGUGGCAGGUGGACAGCAGAUCCAGACAGUGGCAGCUCUCUCCCCCACGCAGCAGCAGGAUUCUCCCCAGGGGAACACCAUUCAGACCACCCCCCCCCCCCCCCUGCAGCCAGCCGAGAAGCGUAAGGUGGACACGUCCAUCACAGUGUCCUACGCCCUGCCUGGUCAGCAGCUGGCACAGGGCUAGCCACCCUCCAGGGUCAGGUGCAGCAGCACCGCUACGUGUCUCUGAGGCCAGACGUGUUGACUGUAGAUGGCAGCCACCUGUACAGCGCUACAGGUACCAUCACCAGCCCCACUGGAGAGACCUGGACCACCCCCGUCUACUCUUCCCCGCCAGGGUCACGUGAUCAGGGUGGCGUUACACACAUCGCCAUCCCCCAGGAGGCAUACAGUGCCAUGCAGGUUGCCUGGGAAACUACAAACGGCAAUGGCACACACUACACCAACGCGAGUUACUAUCGGCUCGGGUCAUGCGGUUUCCACGCUGAUGGGGAGUCCGGGGGUUCAUGAGGAAGUGCAGUACCAGACAGUGGCGGCCAACUCUCUGUAUCCAGCCCAGUUCAUGAAUGGGAACAUUCACAUCCCAGUGGCGGUGCAGGGGUACGGCAACACCACGCAGUCGCUCAUCUGCGACCCCCAGCAGCAGGUGUUGCACACACAGGGAAGGGUGCAGGUCCAGGACUCACAGCAACUACAGCUAACUUUAUUAAGCAGUUACAGAUUAUAA